AAACUUCAGCCCCGAAUCGCGAAUAGCCAAAUUUAAACUAAAACCCUAAGAAAAAGUAAAGGAGAUCUUCAAAAACUCCGAGAGCAAAAUUGAAAAUUUUUGGGGAAACGAAACCACACGAUGGAAGGAACAAAUGAACUAAGCAUAGAUGAUCUGGCUUCAAAUCUCUCUACGUAUAAGGAACAGCAUCAGCAGGUUACGCAGCUUCUGGCUGAUGAUCCUGGAAACGUUGAAUACGUGGACAUGCAAAAGGAACUCGUUGAGGUGAUUGCUCUUACAGAGGAACUGCUUGCAACUGCAAAGGAAAAUGAGAUUUCUGGAUCAGAUAUUGGUGCUAGCAUUAGUGCACCCGGUGCACAAAUGAAGGAAACAGUGAAAACAUCAGAUUAUGAGGAUAAAUUUCCUGUUGGCACAAAAGUUCAGGCUGUCUGGAGUGAAGAUGGAGAGUGGUAUGAUGCAACUAUUGAGGCUAUUACAGUAAAUGGGUAUUAUGUCUCUUUUGAUGGAUGGGGAAACAAGGAAGAGGUGGAUCCUGCUAAUGUAAGGGCGAAUGAAUACAAUGCUUUGCUGGAAGCUGAGAAGGCUGCUGAAGCUACAAAACAAGCUAUCAAACGUAAGAUUGCACAUGCUGCUUCUUUUGACUUUCAAUCUCGAAGUUUACCUGCAAAGCUUCAAAUAGCUUCUGAUGACCCGGAGGAUGUGAAAGCUACCAAACGUAAGAAGAUACAUGCUUUCAAGUCAAAGAUGCGAUUUGAACAACUUGAAGUGGCACAAAAUAAGCGGCAGAACGCUUGGCAGCAGUUUCAGACAACCAAAGGCAAGACUAAAAAGGUUGGUUUUUUCUCGGGACGUAAGCGCGAGAGCAUAUUCAAGUCACCGGAUGAUCCUCAGGGCAAGGUUGGUGUGACCGGAAGCGGAAAGGGGUUGACGGAUUUCCAGAAAAGAGAAAAGCACUUGCAUCUCAAGGAUGGUAAUGUUGAGAUAAGUGAUGAGUAGGUCUAGGCAGGUAGGUUUUCCUAUUAUACUUUUGGUUGCCUUGGCUCCACUAGGCAGUUUGAGAAGUUCCCAAUCAGGGAGUGUCGUCGAAAUGAACUUCCCAUCGUUCUCUCGCCAGUAUUUUUGUGCUUCCAGCUUGUUACCAUACCAAAUUUCUUCUUUUGUUUUCCUUUUAAAGAGAGAUCUCACAAUCAGUGUUCUGUAAUUUUCUCUUUCUGCUGCCUUCUAUUUGUAUAUUUGAAACACUAGAAUUGUUUAUCAACGAUGGGGGCUCAUGUAGCAAAGUAUCAACUUUUUAUCAGUAUUUAUCGAUUAAAGUUUGACUUUUUCA